AUACAAAAAUUGUUUGGGUUUGGUUUGGUUUGUCUUCGGGUUUGUUUUGUUAAACAAUUUAUUGUUAAUUCAAUACCCAAGUGAAUGGGUAGUAGUUUUCUAUUUUAAAACUGUUCAAUCAAAUACUUUUUUUGAUAAUUCGAUACCUGCGAUAAAUGAUAUUUUAGAAAAUGUACAAGCAUUUGGUGGUAGUAGUUGCGCUAUCAAGCCUCUGCUGUUUCUUGUAUGGAAUCGUAAAUUUGCUUUUAUAUGUGGAAAAAAAUGAAUGCCAGAUGACUUAUAUGUAUCAAAUGCCGACAUUUGUUAGAGUUCCUGUCGAAGAUGAAAAAAGUUUUCCUAAAUACAACUUAUUCAUUUAUGCUGAAGGAAGCUUAAUAGAGAAUGCUAGGUCCUACAAAUUUGACGGAGCUCCAGUUAUAUUUAUUCCUGGAAAUAGUGGAUCACACAAACAGGGGAGAUCCUUGGCAUCGGUUGCACUCCGAAAAGGACUUGAACAUGACGGAAAUCACCAUUUGGACUUUUAUCUCGUUGACUAUAAUGAAGAAUAUUCUGCAUUAUUCGGAGGAUACUUUGAUAAUCAAAAGGAAUUCCUUAAAAAAUGUAUAACAUCAGUUUUAAAAUUAUACAAACAUUUGAAGAAUCCUCCAAAGCAAGUGAUCCUAAUUGGUCACUCAAUGGGUGGAAAAGUAGCUCAAGCAAUGCUCUUAGACGAUGAAUUAUCAGAAAUGAUAAAUACAAUCGUUUUCUUAGCAACGCCAAUUGAUCGACCGGUGGUGAAUUUUGAUGUACAUAUGGAAGCGGCCUAUCGUAAAAUCAAUACUUAUUUGGGUACAAAUCGUAAAAUUUUACCAUUAAACAAUGAAACAAACUACUGUAAAAAUCCAAACUAUAAACCAAAACCGGAAAUAAAUAAGAAAAAACUUGAUGAUAAACUUCUUAUUUCGAUUGGUGGAGGAGAUAGAGAUUUUUUGGUUCAUACUGGAUUAACAUACUCAAAAUACUGUGAUAUUAACGUUAUGACUUAUGCAAUACCAAAUGUCUGGUUAAGCACUGAUCAUCUGGCUUCAGUUUGGUGCCGCCAAGUUGUACUUGUCAUCAAUCGGUUUCUUUUCAGUAUAAUUUCUCACUAUGAUGCAUAUGGAAAGCAUGGGCUUUCGUUUUUAGAAGAUAAAGUAGAUCGAUUAUACAAGGCUCAAAACUAUUUUUUGAGAUAUCCACCAACUUACCAAGAAAGUAAUGGUAAGUUAAAAUUAGAUCAGAAUGACGAAUGGUAUGAGGAUAAUCGUAGAGUUUUUACAAAAGAAUUCAAAAAUGGAACUAAAAACUUAUAUCUUCAAAUGAUUCCAUUAUACCAUCCAUCCAAGAUAUUAUAUGCUGAUAUUACAAAUUUGGAUUCAGAUGACUGGGUUUUAGGAUGUGAUACCAAACCAUAUCAUAAUCAUCGAACGAAGUCUUGCCCUGAGGGACAAUCAAUUUCUCAUCGUGUGCGGAAGAUCCCAUAUACAUUAGAAAAACGUAAAUACGUGUCGAUUCAAUUACCCAGACUAAAAGCAGCUUAUCCUAAAUGGAAUUAUGUUAUUCUUCGGAUUGCACCAACAAAAAAUCAUAUAAAACUUAAUGUAGACAUUCAUGAUCCUGAAGAAAGAACUUUGCGUGUAAAAGCCCCAAAGUGGUAUUCAUAUACCAAAAAUAAAUUGAUUACAGAUUCAACACUUGGAGCUUCGAUUUACACAAUACUAAUAUCAGAUAUUGACGAGUCACAUCAAGCAAUUAAAUUUGAUAUAAAACCUUAUGUCUGUUCAAAACCAACACAUAAAGCAAUCAUUAAAACAUGCGUUCCGUGGGCAGAAGGAUAUGAGCGUUAUCAUGUCAUUUCUUAUUUAGAGAAUAAUUCAAUUUUAGUGACUGUGCCAUUCUCAAAACCAAGUGGCUACAACACCACUGAUAAUCCUAUCGAGAUGACUUUACACCUGGAUUCUAGUUGCCGUUAUAAAAUAUCAUAUCAAAAUUCAUUCGAAGGAACAUUAUCUCGCAUUGUAUUGCAAUAUGCACAUUGGCUUCCUGCCCAUCUGACUGCAGUGAUAUUGUUAUCAUUCAAAUAUCAACUUUCGUUGACUCCAAAUCGGGCGCCAUUUAAAUGUGGAAAAGUGCAUUCUGCUAUUGUUCAUUCUGGAUCAUUCUUUAUCAUCACAAUUACAAAGAUAAUAUCUAAAAUCUUACAAUCGGUAAAGUUUCUACCUGAUCCGGAUAACUUUCAACAUUCUUUGCUUAUAUCAGUUAUUAUACAUGGAUCUUCGUCUGCACUUUUGCUACUGACUGCUGCUGGCUUAUGGGCCGUUAUAACGUUUUGUGGAAGCAUGAUACAUGGAAUUUUCUUAAGAUUAACUAAAUUAUCUACGCCAGUGUUUUCCAUAGCUUUACCAAUUGUAGAUAGAUUCCCAAUAUUGGCAGGUGUUGCUCUUAUAAGUAUUGCGUUUGGUUCAUGCGGUGGAGUAGCUCUGAUCCUUGGUUGUUUGGUGUACUUGAUGUUGAUAGCAAAGCAAUAUGAAGAUUACCUGGAAAAAUUUGUGUACGACACUUUUGUCACAAUUACUAAAAAAUUAUUUGGUAAGAACGUACCAACAACAGACAACGAAUCAACUGUAAAUAAUGAUGAACAAGAUCAAGACAACGAAUCAACGGUAAAUAAAGAAGAACAAGACCAAAACAACGAAUCAAUUGAAAAUAAAAAUGAACAAAAUCAGUUUAACUCAAAUGAAAGUGACAAUAUCGAAAAACCUUUAAUGAUAACUGAAAAAGGAGAUAUCAAGAAAUCAGAAGUUCAAACUGAAGAAUCAGAUGAAGCAGAAGACAGUGACGAUACAGAAAUUGAAGAUAUUAAAGAACGCAACGCUCAAGACGAAGAACUUGAACAACUCCUUAAUGAGGCUAUAGAAAAGCAAAAAAUUCUUCUCAAAGAGAAGCAAGAUAAACGUAAACUAGAACAAAUGGAAUAUGAUUCGAUUCAUGAAGGUCUUAUCAGUGUUAAUUUUCAUAUGACACUAUUUUUAUUAAUGCUCGUGCUGGUAAUUUUGUUUAUUCCAACAACAAUAUCAUGGGCAAAAGACUUUAGAUAUUCGAAAACGCUUUCACCAGAUCCCUCACUUUUCCCAGCAACUAUUGUACUAGCUUGUGUCUUUAGUCUCUGGCAAAUAUCAGCUCCAAGGAAUUUAUAUGCCUAUAAUUUCGUUGCAAGCAUUUUAUAUGUUUGUGCUGCCAUUUGUGUAGUAUACUGCCAAGACUCUGUUUACCGACUUAGUGCUGUUAUACCAACAGUUUUUGUUCUGGUAACAUUACAUCAAAUUUUUUCAUCAACGAAAACUGAAGGUAGUGAAUUCGAUCCAGAAGAACAGGAGGUUAAGAAUAGAAUAGAGAAAAUGAAAGCUGUAUUAGAUGAUGCAAAUUCGAAAAAGGAUAAAUGAGUGACUUAAUUUUUGUUCAUUUAAUUCGUGAUUGUAAAACUCUAGUCUAAGAAAUUAAUGUAUUUUUUUUUUUUGACCAUUUAUAUACACUACGCGUCAUUUCAAUAGAAACACAUAUUUUGCAUUUAUGAUCAGAGCGAUUGGCUUUUUGGCCCAAUAACUUAGCAAAUUUUUUGUUUUGUAUUGCAAAGGAGAACAAAUCUAAAACACAUACCAUAUAGCUACAGAUUGCUUUUUUUGCAUCCUUUUACAAAAAACACUGUUUUAUAUUUCUAAAUUAAGGUAAGGUAAUGAAGAAAAGUUAUGAAAAAAAUUAAUUUUAGUUUAGAAAUGCUGCAAUUUGUAAAUUCAAACCAAAAAUGUUUUGAGACAUACAAUGUGUUUUACAAUGUGUAUGGUUUUUUUUAUGUGUUUCUCUUUAAAAUCCAAAACCUAAAAUCUUCUUAGUUAUCUGACUAAAUCGCCAAUAGCUCUUAUUUAAAGCAAAAUCCCUGUACGUAUAUUUUAGUGAAGUAAAUAUUUUGUGUAU